GAUGGCCCAGAGUCAAGACGUUGGCAGCACCGAAACGCUUUCUUUGACCAGCAGGGGAGGUAAAUCAACCCGGUGCCUACGAAUUAAACUACUCGGACGAGUGUAACACUUUAAGUGAUUAUGGAUUCGUCUUAUCCACAAUCCAUUGUAUCCACACCCAUGGCUAGUGGCUACUGUUUACAUUUGUAUAAAUUAUACUUAUAUACUUAUGGCGUAUGGCGUCUUAUUGACUUAACUUGAAAAGCAGCAGCCCAUUGUGACUGAGAGAUGGACACCUAUCAUUUGAUACUGGAAGAAAUCAACGGGGGAUAGUCUCACUACAAGCCAGGACUGACUAUGGCCGAACAGAUAGUAUCGAGUUCUCCCCCGUUUGUUUAUUUGUGUUUACUCGAAAGGAUGUGACAAAUAGCAUCCCAUCAGAUGACCGCAUGGAGAGUUAAGUGACCAUGCAGGAGGCGAAGCCGGCCUGGUCCAGGCGCCCUCAGGAGACACGACCAGCUGAGCCCCCCCUCACGCCACUGGGACACGGUCGGAGCACUCAAGGCUACAGACUUGUCCAGCAUGGGUCAUUGCGGUCAGCUCUAUGUGUCCUGAUUGAAGAUCCCUGUCCGACAAGAUGGCUGAUUGGUCGACUUUUGAAGCGUGUAGCAGCGGACGUCCACUCAGGUCAAGGUUAAUUGAACAGCUAAUAGAAAAGUCAUAAACUGACCGAUAUGCUCGCCAUCUUUGUAUAAGUUUUGGAUCAUCAUGUUAGAUCAUCUUUCAAUGUCCAGCCAGUGUCCAGCAGCUGUUCAGCUCCGGCCGCCAACAGGUUGUCAGCACGUGCUUGAGUGUCUGCCUGCCCGGCCACAGGAAGUCCAGAGUUGCAGACAGCAUGAGCACUUACAUUGUCAAAAGCUUACAGGGGUGAAGGUCGUGGGCCUAGAGACGAUGCACCAAUCACUUCCGGUCACGGAAGCAACACCGUCCUGCGAAUCGUCUCUCUUUUUAUGUCUGCAAAACUCUAAAGACUCAACUUGCCAGUUUUUAAAUAACAUUGUUGAAAAUGAUGAUAAUAUACCAGCCAAAGAGCAUGCCAGUAAAGCAAAUUAUUUGUCAAAUCUAGAAACCAAUUUUAAACAUUUAAUUUCAAGUUUAGCCUCUCACUUUGCGACACCAAUGUAUGGGUCACAUACACAGGCUAAUAACAUUAACUUCAACUUUCAUAAAAAUCUGGACACUAUGGAAGACAAAUGUAAAAAUGAACAUUUAGGACUAGAGAAGGCCGAACGUAACAUUUUCGAUUCCAGAAGAAGAGGGCAGUCCUCUUUUAGAUCACCUUCUCUUAAAGAUUGUAUGUACCUGAGGUGUGCACGAUGGCUGGCUCUUUCUGCCUGUCUUUUUGCUUGCCUUGGAUUUACUGAUAGCAAACCGGUGGAUGUUGACAGCUACUACAAGCAGCGACAAGCAUCGGCAGUGAAAUAUCUUGCCCAGUUUGGCUACUUGAGAGGUCCUACCAGAGAGUCACAGAAUCUGAUGAACCAGGAAGAUUUGACCAAGGCAAUCAAAGCGUUGCAAAAGGCUGGUAACAUCACGCAGACGGGAGUGGUGGACAAGAGGACGGCAGAUUUAAUGACCAGGCCCAGGUGUGGCAACACAGACGAUUUCGUGGAUGACUCGAGGGGGGACAGCGAGUACCGCUAUCGGAGGAAGAGGUUUACCACCGGCUCCUCGAAAUGGCCCAAGACAAACUUAACUUUCAGGUUCAUCAAUUACACGCCUGACAUGCCCCAGGCCACCACCAGGCAGCUCAUCAGCGACGCCUUCCGUGUCUGGAGUGAUGCUACGCCCUUGUCCUUCAAGGAAGUAGUGGACUCUAGUGCUGACAUAAUGAUCCAGUUCGCCAGCCAGUACCACAGCGAUGGAUACCCGUUUGAUGGGAAAGGGAUGGUGCUUGGCCACGCCUUCUUUCCCGGAAAUGACAAAGGCGGCGACACACAUUUCGAUGAUGACGAAAACUGGACAGCCAACUCAACAGAUGGUGUUGACUUGUUUAUGGUGGCUGCCCAUGAGUUUGGUCAUGCGUUGGGCUUAGCUCACAGUGGGGACCCUAGUGCCCUGAUGUACCCGUGGUAUAUGGGCUUUGAAGGCAAAUUUAAGCUGCCAGAAGAUGACUUGAGGGGCAUCAUUAGCCUAUAUGGUUCUGGUGAGAAAGACCGCUACUUGCCAGAAAAGGAUAAAAUAAAAGUCAGUAUGAUUCCAGACUCCAAAAGACCACCUAUAAUCAAACCCUAUGAUAUCGAUCCAACUGAGAAGCCAAAGAUAAAGGGUAAAUCCAAUGAGCCACCUGAUCCGUGUAAAAGUCAUAUAGAUGCCCUCACUGUUAUACGUACAGAAAUAUUUAUAUUUAUAGGAAAGUGGUUUUGGAGAAUGGACUCUAGAAAACUCAUACCAAACCCAGUAGAAAUUCAUCAAUUUUGGUAUGGGCUGCCAAAAGAGGUAGAAAAGAUUGAUGCUGUUUUUGAAAGACCAGACAGUAAAAUUGUUUUCUUUUCAGGUGAUAGAUAUUGGGUAUUCAACGGAAACCAUCGAACCAACAAUUUCCCUCAAGAGGGACGGCCACUUACAGAGUUUAACAUUCCAGCUGAUGUGAAAAAUAUUGAUGCUGCCUUUGUCUGGGGCUAUAACAUGAGGACCUAUCUAGUCAGUGGUGACAUGUACUGGAAGAUGAAUGACAACAAUACAUUUGUCGAAUAUGACUACCCUAGGGAUAUGAGGACCUGGAAAGGUGUACCUGUACCUGUAGAUGCUGCAUUCAAAGAUCUGGAUGGUAAAACAUUCUUUUUUCAAGAAACAGACUUUUAUGAGUUUUACGACAUGAAAAUGCAAGUAAAACCUGGCUAUCCUAAAACUUUUGCCAGACAUUGGCUACAGUGUCCUGAGGCACAGAAAGUAGCAGCGGCUCCCAUGAUUAGCACAGUGUCUGUUGUUAAUGAUGAAAAUAAUGUUUCUUCAUCCGUCGCAUUACAAAGCCACAUACUUUUAGUUCUAUUGUUAUUCUACAAAUUAAUUGUUUAUUAGGAUAUGGAACUAUAUUUAUUCUAGUCUUAUGCUAGUAGAACUGUUGCUUCCAUUUGCUGUGAAAACAUUUUUUUUUAAAUUGAUCUUGAAUUUCAAAAAAAAAUUGUGAAAUUGCAUCAAGUGCUUUCAAAUAAUGAAAUUUGUUAUUCUUUUUGUAAGAUUCCUUUUUUCUAGUCUUUUUUUUUUUUUUUUGGUGUAACUUAUUUAAAGCCUAAUUUUUCCAACUAGAGAAAUCAAUUCUUUUAAUUCUACAAUGCUAAAGCUGUUUUCAUUUAAAUAACCAAUUUUAAUUCAUAUGUUUUAAACACUUAACAAUACCAAUUAAAACAUGCCAGAUAGCCAUUUUCAGCAAUAUCAAAAUCUGAAUGAUAUGAAUGUAAGAUAAAGGAAGAAUUGAUUGAAGUAUUUAAAAAAAAACAAAUCAAUUUGUCUAAUGACCAAUCAAUGUUUCAUCAUUUGUAUUGUUUAUAACCUACAUUUCUAAAAUGUCACACAUUCUGGGACUAAAUACUAACAGGGAUAUAUAUAUAUUUGGCCGAAAUCUCUUUUUGACUGUCUCCUGUUAUUGAAGCUGAGUUGACUCAAUAAUAGUCAAAAUAUGUUGAAUAGCUAAAUAUGGUGUAGACUUGGUUCAAAUUUAUGUUAUCUACUAGUAAAAAGUCCCUAUAGUGCACUAUUUAAAAAGAAAAGUCCCAAUGGUGCACUAUUUUUAUUAAAAAGUCCAUAUGGUGCAGCAUUUUAAUGCUUCAAGUUGCCCCAUUUUUGUAUAUUAAAAUAUUUGUGUUAAUUAAAAGAAAAUUACAAUAUUUUGUUCUAUCAGUUGUCAACACUGGAGGUUUAAAUUAUACAAAAACUGAGUGAAAAAUGUACAGAUUUUUGUGUGUGUACAUUUUAUUGAUAUUACAAACAGAAAUGUUUUUAAAUAAUGUCCUGAAAUAAUAAGAUAUUGUAUUUGUAUAUAUGAGUGGGUUUGUGUGGGUGCUUUUUUUAUGUAAGGUGUUCCAUUACUUUGUACCUUCAUAUUGUAAGUUUAAAGAAUUAGAUUUGAGGCAAAAUAUUUUGAAAGCUUGUUUUUUUUUAACUCCUGAUUUUGAUUUUUUAAACAUAAGAAUUGAAUGCAGUGGUAAGAUUAUGUCAUUGUGCACUCAUUCAUUGAAAACUAAUUUUGUUGAAUUUUUACACAAUCUCACAACAAAAUUCAUUUGCUCUACUAUCGACAACCGGUUAAUAACUCAGGCUCAUGCGCGAAAAAAAAAUUAGUCCAAAAUCAAAAAAAAAAUAGAGACAUUAAUUUGUCUAAUUAAUGACAGUCUUUUUGCAUAGAAUCUUUAUAUUAUGGUUCAGAAAGUCUUAUAAUUCCUUUAACUACAAAAUGUAUAAUAUCUAUUGGAAUAUAGAUCUACCUUUUCUUUUAUAUUUUUUUAAUAGUUUUCAUUUGAUAGUCAAAUAUCCCUCCCCCCCCCCCCCACACACACACACACUUUUCCAUAGUUAAAUUGAACAAAUCUUAAUUAACAAAAAAAAAUAAUUCAAUACCAGAUUUUGUUUUUUUUAUUAAAAUUAUAUAUUUGUUUAUCACUAAACAAUAUUCUAAAAUUUGUUUUUCAUUUUUAAUAAGUUUUUUUUUUUUAAUCUUAUAAAUUACCAAUGUUCUUUCAAAAAAGAUUAGUAGGCUAUUAAGUUAUAUACAUUUUUAGGAAUUUGGGUGCUGAAAUAUCUAAAAAUAAUUUUAGUAGUGCAUAUUCUAAAAAAUUAUAGAAUGUCUGAACUUUUAGAACAGAAUUUCAACCACAAUGUCUUUCUAAUGCUUCCUUUGCAUAAUUCAUAUUUUUCAGAAAUAAAAAAAUAAAAGGUUUUAAAUCAAUGAAAAAAAAUAUAUAAAUAUAAUAUAUAUAAAUGCUAAAUUUUUUAUCCUGACCAACUAAAUUAAGUAGGUCUUUUUCUUUGAAAAUCGCCAAAUCAUUUUAAGUACUUUUAGAAAAGUUGCCUUUCAUAUAUAUUUUUUGUAGACACUUUAUGUUGAACAUAAUUUGCUAGUUAUAUUACACGAGUGAAUAACUUAAAUAUGGGGAGGUAAUGGCAAUGUCUUCAAAUCUGGAGAUAAAAGGAUAUGUGCAAUGUUUCACAUGACUAGACAAACCCAAUUACGACCUGCAUAUUUUGCCACAACUGAUUGAGACAAAGCCUUUGUCUGCUGAGUGUCUGUUUAAAUUUUCUUUUUGUCUUCUGUGCCUGUCUUGGGCAAGGGCUUUUCUUUUCAGAGGCAAUCCGCUGCCAGCUACUUUCCUUUAUGCAAGUGAGAAAAAAACAGUGCCUAAAUUAAUCGUUAUAGCACUUCCAGGGUGCAUCUCUAUUGGGGUGGUAUGUUGGUAGCAUAGAACUGUCUUUAUUUCAAUUUUUAUGAGGCUAAAGAUUUUAAUGUAGGAUUUUACGUAAGCAGAGCUGUGUUUCUCUAUUGCCCCGAAUAGGCAGCACUGAAACCUCUUAGAGACCUCUCCUUUGUGGGUCAGGAUAGCAUUGAGAUGUGCUACAUACAAAGAUAUAACCAUAUUUAACUUAAUAUUUAUUUAGCUGUUUGGUUUCCUCACUCAUGUAUUUCUGUGGUGGUUUUAGUCCUAUGUUGUAAAAAAAUUGCUUGUACAUUUUAUUUUAUUCGUACUCUUGCGUACCUUUUUCUUUUCUUUUUUUUUUUGAAUGAGUUCCAUAAAUUAUACAAUUUAUUUAUAUUAAAUGGACAUGGAUGCACUCCAUAUUCUCUGUUCAUGGUAUAUUUGUGUGAGAUGCUAGCAUGGUGAUUAUAUCCAGUAGAAAUUGUAAUGCACAACCUUCCUAGUUUGGUUUUUGUCCUAUUAUUACAUUGUGUUUACACAUUACAUUCAACCAACUUUAAAUUAUCUAGAUCUUGAAGUAAAAAGACCCUGUCUUUGAUUUGAAAAAAAAAAAUUAAAAUCUUAUUUGUUGUAAUAUUAAAUAAUAUCUAAAUAGUAAAAAUAAUGUCAACAUCUGUUAAAAUAAAUAGGUUAAAGAUUUGCAAUAGGCAGUAGCAUACACCAAUAUAUAAAGAAAAAGAUUGUGAAGCACCCACAAUAAGCUGUAAGUAUGCAUCUUUUUAGAUAGAGGCUACAGUCUACAAACAAAAACAAGUUUAUAAGAUAAUGCAUAUCAUAGUACUAAAGCAUACCAAAAAUAGUAGCACACAUUUCGGAAGAGAAAUUUUUUUAGGUUUUUCUUAAACAUGGUGAAAUCUUGUAACCAAAUUACAUCAGAUCAUUUUUUUUUACUUGGUAAAUAUUAGAUAUGUGCCAGAUCCUCUGUUUCAAAAGUAGCCAAGUGAUAAAUUUUUACUUUUAUUGGUUUGGUUUUAAUAACUUUUUAUGUUUCAAAGUAAUAAGCUUUUGUUUUUCUUUUCAAAGACUUGCCUUUUGGAAUGAAGGUGUAAAGAGACUAUUCAUUAUACAUUCAACUUUGCAUUAUGAUAGCUUUGAAUGUUUCUAUGUAGUACUUAUUUGUUUUAGUGGACUAUUUGGCUUCAUUUGUUGUGCGAUCUCAUAUACACAUAAAAAACUUGCUUUAAACGAAGCAAAGAAACAGAAUUUGAAACAAAUUUAGAAUUUAGAUUGAAACAGCUAACAUUUAUAAAAUGAUAAUGUAUAAAAGCAGACGGGAAAAAAAAAUUUUUAAAUACUCACCUACUUUAAAACGGAACAAAAUUAGUUAAUGUUACUAAUUUAUAUUUGGUCAUUUUGUUUAGGCCAAUGUGCAUUCAAUUGUAUAUUUAUUGACCUGAACUAGGAUACUAUAUUCAUUCAAAUUUUACAAUGCAUAAAAAAAUAAAUAUGAGAUUCUUAAA